AGCUGAUUGUGAUUGAUGGAAUCGCCUUUCCUUUCCGCCAUGACUUCGAAGAUCUGUCGCUGCGAACAAGGCUUUUGAACGGCCUGGCCCAACAGUUGAUAUGCAUCGCAAAUGACCGUACCUUAGCUGUCGUGUUGACCAAUCAGAUGACCACACGCUUUGAACAAAGCCGUUCCUCUUUGGUACCUGCCUUAGGGGAAAGCUGGGGUCAUGCAGCUACCAUACGUUUAAUUUUGCACUGGAAUAACAAGCAGAGGCUGGCAACGUUGUACAAGUCUCCGAGUCAGAAGGAGUCAACUGUAGCCUUUUGCAUUAUGUCUCAUGGAUUCAGAGAUGUUCAGGAUUCAGAUUCGAAUUUGAUCCCGGCAGAAAACGAAGCGAAUCCUUGUAAAAGGCCACGGACAGACCAGGUAGAAGAACAGUGAAUCAGAAAAAAAUAAAAUUCAACUAUGCUUCCUUUUAAAAAACUGUAGUACUACAGAUGGAUAUCAAGGUACCCCGGAGAGUAACAUGAAUAAAAAGUGUGAAUUCACAGAAUGGUA